UAACAUCGUGCACACACGAUUUUGGUCACAAAUAAAUAAAGUCCAGAUUAAUUGUUUCAAGCAAGCUGUGAAACAAACACAAACGUAGAUAUUUUACAAAGAUAGUAUUCGUACAAUGUCCGCCGACGAAACACAGUUCGACAACAUCCUCCUGGCCGUGGCAGAGAAACACCGUGGAGGUGUGCCUGAGUUUCUGCGCACAUUGGCGGGCUUUUUACGCCGGAAGACCGACUUCUUUACGGGCGCACAGCAGGCACAAUGGGAAAAGAUGCUUCUAGAUGUAUUUAACGUCGAGUCCAAGCUGGCGAUGGCAGCUCAUGAGGAAAAAGUGAAGGCGCGCGAGGCUGCAAAGCGCAUUAAGGAAGAAAAGGAGCGUGCCGAGCGUGAGGCGCGUCAACAGGAUAUGGAUGAUAAUAAAAUAUGUGAUAUAUCUGAUGAGGAGGCAGCUGCCAUUAUCAAAGAGGAGGAAGACAAAAAACGCCAAAAGCUGUUAGAUGCCGCCGGUGGCGAUGCGGUGCAAGUAAACUCCAGCAGCCAGGACAUUUCCAAGCCCAUUGAGAAGGUGGACGAUGACAGCGAAAAGGAUGAAGUGGGCAAGCUAAAGCCCAACGCAGGAAACGGUUGCACUCUGGAUAAAUACAUGUGGACACAAACUCUGCAGGAAGUGGAGCUCAAGAUACCCUUCAAUGUAACAUUCGCUUUGCGUGCGCGCGAUCUUGUGGUCAGCAUUGGCAAGAAGUCGCUCAAAGUGGGUCUCAAAGGUCAAGAGCCGAUCAUCGAUGGCGAGCUGUGCGCCGAGGUCAAGCAGGAUGAGUCGGUCUGGGUGCUGCAAGACAGCAAGUCGUUGCUCAUAACGCUCGAGAAGGUCAACAAAAUGAAUUGGUGGAAUCGCCUGGUCACCACCGAUGCGGAGAUCUCUACGCGCAAAAUCAAUCCGGAGCCCUCAAAGCUCUCCGACUUGGAUGGCGAGACACGCAGCAUGGUGGAGAAAAUGAUGUUCGAUCAGCGACAAAAGGAGAUGGGUCUGCCCACCAGCGAUGAUCGCAAGAAACAGGAUAUACUCGAAAAAUUCAAGCAGCAACAUCCGGAAAUGGACUUUUCCAAAUGCAAAUUCAAUUAAACAUUUAAGCAACUGCAACUCAAGUACACACACACACAGUCACACUCACACACACACAUUCGAAAUGUGUAAAAGGCAUUUGAUUAAAGUAAUGAAUUAAAUAAAUAACAUAAUCUGCCUUUCAAUUUAAA